CAGGUGCAGAAACCGAAAGCAAACGUUAUAAAGCCACAUACACAGUCUCUUUAGACUCCCAUUCGACUUGGAGAAGUGUACUUUUCUGAUUAUAUCUGAACAGUUGCCUGACUGCACCAUUAUGGACAUGGCCAGCAUAGAUGAAGUGCCUAAGAAAGAAGUUGAAGAAGAACCCUCAAAAGAUCAGCAGAAGGACAAGGAAGAGAAAGCAUUUAAGUAUCGUUUAAACUCUGAUUCUAAAACAUAUGCAGUGCAAUGUGAUCCAUCCAUGACUGUAUUAGAUGCUCUUAAUACAAGUCGUGUUUUCAAGCAAGAAAAAGAAAAACAAAAGAACAAAGACAAACAAGUACUUAUUCUAACAUCAAAAAAAAAAAUAACUAGAGCAGCUGUGAAGACGGAUUUCCCCUGCUGUCUCAUUGACAACGAUGAGAUUAUAGAUGUAAACUUCAUUCAAAAUGAUGGAAGUGCUUCUACGAACCAAAAUACGAAUCCGCCACAGACCAGUAAACCUGACAUGUUUGUCAACUUCUACAUUAAAAAAAGAGGAGGGAAAAAUAUGGUUAACUACCUAGAAAACACAGCCCUGAGAGACAGCAUAAACUAUGUUUGUGUAUAUGCACGAAAGGGAGAGACAUUGAAAACUGCUCUUGAGCAUGACGGGCGAUUUGACAAAGUAUUUGAGAAACACUGUGUGCUCACUGAUGGUGGAAAUAACAACUAUGAAAUGUCACACUCAGUAAACCAUCUUGACCAAAAGGAAUUUGAAGUAACUGUUCUUAAGGGCGCCAAACAGCCUAAAAGUCAAGAUGAUCUAACUUCUCCAGUCAAGACUGAACCUGAAGUAGCUUCAGAUGCUGAUGAUGCUGACACCAGACAGACACAUGUGAACACUGAGCAAAAAACAAAACAAAAGAAAAACCCAGUGAAGUCCACAAGACCAUCAGCUAGAUGGUCUGCACCUAAAGAAAUGCCAGAUUCUGGAGAGAUUCUGAAACUUCUGCGUGAGCAACAUGCAGGUUUACUAGAACAGCUAAAGAAGCGAGAAAAUCUUAAGAAUAAAUAGCAAGUGCAAAAUUUCUUCAAAGAAGAAUUUGCUAAAAGUGUUAAGAGUUUCUUGGAGGUGAAGAAAGUGAAGAUGCUAGCAGAGCUGUCUGAUGCUGUCUGUCAGAUUCGAGUGGAGGGUAGACCUGAGGGAACUGGCUUCUUACUCUUCGACAGAUAUGUCCUCACUAAUGCACACGUUAUUGAGCCCUUUGCUAGUUGCAUUCAGGUGGAUCCUUAUCCAUUAAUACAGCUCCAGAAGACUGUAACGACUGUAUUUAAUUUUGAAGAUCACCAGUCCAAACAACUGAUAGAAGUGUCAGUCAACAAAGAAGUGUUUGCUGUGGCAAAGGGAAGAGACAGCAAGGGAAGACAUCUUGACUACGCUCUUCUUGAACUGGAAAUUGAUGUUACCAACAAUACCAAACUGCUCAGUUAUCACAGUUAUUCUCCUCCACGUGCUGGAAGUCAGAUCUGCAUUGUGGGUCAUCCAGGUGAAGGGGUGAAGAAAGUGGACCCCUGCUUCAUCAUUAAGAGGGAGACUACACAAGAUACAAUAAAUGAUCCCUUUCAUGUCAUUACUCAACAAUAUUUGGAAAACAUGGAAGAAAACCAGAUUCCUUAUGACUCUUGUUUCUUUAAUGGAUCAUCUGGUUCCCCGGUUUUUGAUGAACACUGCUAUCUGAUUGGCAUACACACUGGUGGUUUUACUGACAAAGAGAAAGGGAGAAUUUUAGAAUACGCCUAUUCCUUGGAGGCCAUCCUGGAAGACAUCAAAAUAAAGGUAGAGAACAAAGAGGAGAACAUAAGAAACACAAUCCUAAGCAUUUUAGAAGAGCAUGGCAAUAUAAGUGAUUCAUAAACUGCAGAACAUCAGAAUCAGGCUCUCAACAUCUCAAUAGAACUCGAUACAAGUUCUACUCUAUUUCUAUUUUGCUUUUAAUAUUUCAAUUUCUUUAAAAAGGGGAAAUGCUGAACGGCUCUAUUUUUUUCUUUGGAAAAUGAAAUUUGUUAAUCCCAUUAUGGAACCUAUUAAAUUCCACUUUAAUUUCUAAACUUAAAUAAUAAUCAAAAGAGAAAUUUCACCAUUUUACAGUUGAUGAAUCAUUUGUGGAAUUUAAAGCAAAAACAUCUCAAUAAACUGACUGCAAUGCAAACCGUCUUCACAGUCGUGACUGCUGCCAUGUACAGUAUUUACUCUCUCCAGACGCCCAUUCAAUGAGACGUUUCUUAUUUCAUUAUUUUCAUAUUUUAAUCAAUACAUGUUUCUUUCUAAAGUGCUUUGUUUUGCUGAAUAUCGUUCAUGUAUGAGCGGAGAGAGAGCAGAUGCAGAAAGAGAGGAACAAAAUGGUAACUAAUGAAAACCUGUCAGCACAAACAAACCUGUUCAACAAUCAUCAACAUCCCCAUCACUGUUAUACAC